AGAGACGCGGUUGGGAGCCAUUGGAGGCAAGUAAAUACGUCUACAAAUUCAAAAUUCCUAUUAUUUUUCCAAUCAUGAGCGUCCAAGAUCUUGCCCGUUCUCUUGUUGCUGUUGGCUCGACCAAAGUCUCAGAUGAUGGGGAUGAUGGCAUCUACACCCUUAGUGUCAGGGACGGUUACCUUGUCGAGAAGCACUGGCUGGGUGACACGAUCCAGAACGAGAACGUAAUUGCUUCAGAUGCAAAUGAUAAUGCCACGGCUUCGUACCUGCUUACCAUGGAAACUCGUCUCGUUAUUUUCAUUGAUCAAGACCAUGCUAUUCGAUGCUAUAGUUACGAUGAUGACAUCGAAGAGUGGGAAGAAGUGCCCCUUGCAAGCGUGCGGGGCAUCGAAACGAGCCCUGACAGCAAAGUGAGCGCGAUCGUUGGUCUGGACGGUGGUCUCGCGAUCUCUUAUCAAGAUGCGAACGGUUGCCUUGCCGUCAUAAUAAACGCGGGUGGAGAAGAAUGGAAAACAUUUCGCCACCUCCAGGGGAAGCCCAUGUUGGGCACGCCCCAGGUCCUCGAAGUUAUAGAUGACACGAUGUAUCUUUUCUACGUUGAGAGAGACGUUGGAAUUAGUUACUUGGCUUUUGACCCACAUGCAGGAGCAUGGCAAGCCAAUUCCGUCCCCAACACCAAGUUCGAUACCAUUAUCGACAAUUUCAUCGUUGUUAAAGAUUUCGAUACUGGAAAUUUCCAAAGCUAUAUCCUAACUGGGGGAUCCUUGUGGAGCGUAAAUGGGGAAGAGAAGACCUUUCUAGGCAACGUGGGGACCAAUGGCAAGUUGAUCCCUUCGGAUAAUGCCCAGGCCGGGUUCAGUGUCAAGUGGCGAGGGGCUCGUAAGGUGAGGGUAUCUAGGAGGAAGAUUACAAUCUGGUAUUGAUAUCGUUGGCGAAGAGAUCAAGGUUCACCGUCUCCGUAGUAAUAGGGAUCUUGUGUCAUUAGCAUGAUGAAAUAGUGUUCAGAAUUGGGUAUAGUGUAUUUCGUAGCUUUUACCAAGGAAAGUUCCAUGUUAGAUACUUCGCAGGCGGCAUAGGCUUUUUACACUCCAGAGGCGUGUGUGGAAUUAUGCAAGUUGUACUAUUAUCGGAUAGCUACCUACACGUCACAACAUAGCUUCAGGUAGAAUUAGGCCCCCUUUCUCCAAGCCUAAAAC